CUUUAGUUGGCUAUAAUAUUAAUAAAUAUGAAUCACAUCCAGAUGGUAGUGAAUUAGGUAAAAUUGAUGCUUAUUAUGGUACCGUUGAAGAAUCUGGUCGAGGUGCAUUACAUCUUUAUAAGCUACUUUGGCUUGCUGAUAAUAAACAUCCACAUGAAUUACGAGCUUCAAUAACAAAUGAGAUUUUCCGAGAAAAUCUAAUCAGAUAUCUAGAAGGUAUUAUUAAAGAAGAUUUAAGUUGUUUCGAAAACGAAAAUAUAGCAUUAGAUCCAACAACAAUUGAAAAACAAAACCAUACCUUACUAUCAAAAUGCUCACCUAUACUGUGUUCGAAUGAUGUAAAUUUUGAUCGAGAAAAACGAGCCGCUAUUUGUAUUUUAGCUGCACAAAAUCAAAUUCAUCAUCAUACAAGUACCUGUUAUAAAUAUCAUAAAGGAUCAAGUACAGAUAAUAUGUCUUGCCUUUUACGAUAUCCAAAAGAAUUACAUGAUACCACAACAAUUAAUACAGAAACUGGAGAAAUUCUAAUGAGACGUGCUCAUCCAAUGAUGAACAAUUUUAAUGAAUGGUUUUUACUUGCUUGUAGGUUCGUGUCUUAAAUGUAAUACACCUAGUCUCGAUGUAGCUGAUGUUUUAAUAUCUAUUUAGAUGUAAUAUGGAUACCAAAUUUAUCUGGUCCGGGUGUGGGUGUGGGUGUGGCAUCCAGAUGUUGAUAUUUAGGCAGAAUAUUGAAAAACAAAUUAAAUAUACUCCACAAUUUGUUAUAGGAAUUUUUGUGAAACACUAUCUAAAAGGAGUGUUGAAGCGUAUAGGGUAGAAAUUUGGACCUACCGCCCUCCCACAGACCGUAACAGAGAAAUCUAGUACCCAUCACAGACCGUGACAGAGAAACCUAAUACCCCUUACAGACCGUGACAAAGAAACCUAAUACCCAUCACAGACCGUGACAGAGAAACCUAAUACCCCUUACAGACCGUGACAAAGAAACCUAAUACCCAUCACAGACCGUGACAGAGAAAUCCAAUAUCCGGCACAAACCGUGACAGAAAAACCUAGUAUCCGUCACAGACCGUGACAGAGAAACCUAGUACCCAUCACAGACCGUGACAGAGAAACCUAGUACCCAUCACAGACCGUGACAGAGAAAAUCCAAAUUCCUUCAUUCACAAUAUAAAAAGCUCCAUUGUGUUUCACAUUUUUAAUCCCGUAGGGAUUACGCUGAAAGCUUUUUUACUCGCAAGAAAUGUUUGUAAACUUAAUAGAUUGCUAAUUAAUGAGGCGCAAAGAAUAAAAGAAUUUGUAAUUGUAUACACAUUAAUAACUGCGGAGUGUGGUGUUGGUAACAUUUGCCCGGCACAGCACAGCACUUUUUCUGUAGACAAACUAUUAAACUUAAUGCUAAAUCAGAUUGAAUAUUACAAAAAUCUACAGGGUGUCGGAAGAGUAGCUCCCUAUUUUAAAUUCUUUAUUACUCUCAAACGGCGUAAGAUAUCAUAACGAUUUUUUCAUUAUUUUGAAGCAUGUGUCAUGAGAUUUUGUUGUAGAUGAAACAAGCCGAUUGUUCGUUUGACUGUCUAAGAUCAAGCACAAAUUUUGUUUUGAGAAUAUCUAGAAAAAAUUCAUUAUUUUGAGUAGUUUGUUAUUCUUAUACUAGAACCAGAGUGUGGGAGUGUGAAUGUAGAUAAGCAUUUUUGGAUUUUUCAAACACACACGGUCACACCCUGGUUCUAGUAUAAGAAUAAUAAACUACUCAAAAUAAUGAGUUUUUUCCAUAUAUUCUCAAGACGGAAUUCGAGCUUGAUCUUAUACAGCAAACAAUCAAUCGGCUUGUUUCAUCUACAACAAAAUCUCAUGACACAUGCUUCAAAAUAAUGAAAAAAUCGUUAUGAUAUCUUUUGUUGUUUGAGAGCAAUAAAGAAUUUAAAAUAGGGAGCUACUCUUCAGACACACUGUAGAAAUAAAACAAUUGCGUAUGCCGACUAAUUAUAUCACGAUAAAAAUCAAAAUGAAUAACUGUUACACUCUAAUUUUCUUUUUUCGUAUUGUUGAACUGAAUCAAUAUUAUCACUUGUCAGAUUAAUGAAUAUGUCAAAAGAAUAAAAAAGAACAAAUAAAAUGAAAAAUACUUUCGUGCAAAAUAUUUCUCAUUUUAUAUGAUUAAAAGAGACACUUUCUUUCACUUUUCAGUUUUUUGUCAAGAAUGUUUGAAUGUAAACUUCUGAAGUUUUCAGGAUAUAUAAGUCCCAUAUAUAUUUUGUUGAAUGGUUUAAUAUGAUUUUUAUUUUUUGUGAAAACCUUGUUUUUUUUUCUUUCCUGUGGACUUGGAUAAUUCUAAUAAAAUAUUUCUUGCAAUAGAACAUUAAAUCUGUUAACACAUUAUCAAGAAAAUUAUUUUGAUUGAGUUCAAAAAUUUAGUACAACGUUUUAUUCUAAAAUUCUAUUAGAGAUGCGACUUCUACACUAAAGCUUUGUCAAAUAAUGAUACCUUGACUGUUAUAAAGUGAGUCAUCAAUGAAUAAAACAAGUUCAAUUUGCCAAAGGAGUAGCUAAUCGUGUUUCUGCAUUAAUGGAUUCCUUGUGCCUCUCUAUUGGUGUCCAUAUUUUUACUUAACUUGUUGGAUUCCCUUAAAUGGUUACCACAUGCGCAUAAAUAUACUCAAAGUACAUUAGCAACUUCCGAAUCUGAUAUUA